UGCCAUGGAGAGUCGGCUGGUGCCCCCCGGCCCCUUUCGUGCCACCAAGCUGUGGAAUGAAGUUACUAAAUAUUUUCGGGCAGGAAUGCCACGAAGAAAACAUAGACAACACUUUAAAAAAUAUGGGAAUUGUUUUACCGCAUCUGAAGCAACUGACUGGCUUCAUGAAUUACUCAAAAGUAAUAAUAAUUUUGGUCUAGAAGUCACUAGGCAGCAAACUGUUCAGCUAUUAAGGAAGUUUCUGAAAAAUCAUGUGAUUGAGGAUAUAAAAGGAAGAUGGGGCUCCGAAAACUUUGAUGACAACAAUAAUUUGUACAGAUUUCCUUCAACUUCUCCAGUCAGAAGUCUACCAAGUCGGUGUCCAUUGCGUGAGAACAAAAAUAUUAUUCCUAAGGAGCCAGGCAGUGUACUUAAGUUGCCACAUUUCUCCAAGAUCACUCCUAAAAAACAUGAAGGACUGAUAUGUCAGGAAAAUGUAGAAAAUUUAAAUAGUGACACUGUGCAAGAGGAUACAGACAAAAUGGCACACAGCAGGAGAAUAAGCCAAGCAGACAUAGAAGAAGUUUGGAGAAGCAUCAUUUUGAUACAUUUGCAAACUAUUUUAGGUGUACCAUCUUUGGAAGAAGUCUUGGACCCAACACAAAUAUUCCCUCAGCAUGUCAUAUAUAACAUGACAAAUACAAGUAAACGUGGUGUUGUUGUUCUACAAGACAAAUCAGAAGACCUUCCGCAUUGGGUACUGUCCGCUAUGAAGUGUUUAGCAAACUGGCCUAGAAGUAAUGACAUGAGCCAGCCAACUUACGUGGGCUUUGAACGAGAUGUAUUUAAAACAGUUGCUGACUAUUUUCUUAGCCUCCCUGAACCUUUGCUUACUUUUGAGUACUAUGAACUGUUUGUGAACAUUUUAGUCUUGUGUGGCUACAUCACAAUCCCAAAUAGAUCCUGUGGAAACCCUAGUAUCCAGAAUGAGUUGGAGCUUCCAAAAACUCCACGUUUAAACUCUUUCAAAUCGACUGAAUGUCUCCUGCUAAGUUUGCUUCAUUGUGAUACUGACAAAAGAGAUGAAUCUGAGACUUCUGGAACUGUUUCUAAAAAGACAUAUACUGUUAAAAGAGAUUCUGGUGCAAAGUUGCAACAAUAUAAUAUGGCUGGUAAACGUGGCAGUGUUCAUGAACUAAUGGGUGGCAGUUACCAGAAUCUUUCAAGACUGAAAAAUGAACAAGCUAUGCCUCUCAAACGUAAUGCAAGGUGUUGCUCUUUGGAGGGAAUUGCAGAUACCACAUCAACUAUGCAUAAUAAAGAUGGAUUUAAAAUGUUUUCUCAAGCUGGAGUUCACAUCACACCAGUCACAAAAAAUGAAGAUCAGCUGCUUCGUUCACAGUAUAAAACAGACUCUUUGAUGGAUCUCUGUUCUCAUAACACUAAUCGAAAACAAUCAGGUGGUAUCAAGAGAGUUUUUGCAUCAGCUGUUACUGACCAAGAACUACCCAGUGGCAACUACAAGCCAAAACAACUUUGCAGGUCUCAGAGUUUACGUGAAAGAAACAAAUCCAGCCGGUGUGGCAUCAAUGCUCCAAUUGCAGAGAUUACAAUAAAACCACAUCCAGUAAACCACAAAAACCAAAGUAUUGCUAAACGGGCUGCUAAAAUAGGAAGUGAGCUUGAAUGUUCUGAUACUGUCAUCAGUCAGAGACUCUGCAAAAGUUCCACAGAACUUUCAGAAAACAUACUUUCUCCUGCCGCCUUUAUGUUGACUGGCACAUCAAGUCUGCUGCAACCUCAUUUAGAAAGAGUAGCCAUUGAAGCCCUGCAGAUAUGCUGUUUGCUGCUUCCGCCACCCAGUCGCAGAAAACUUCAACUAUUAAUGCGCAUGAUCUCCCGAAUGAGCGAAAAUGUUGAUAUGCCACGCCUUCAUGAUACGGUGGGCACAAGGUCUUUGAUGAUACAGACAUUUUCUCGAUGUGUGUUGUGUUGUGAAGAAGAAGUAGACCUUGAUGAGCUGCUUGCCACUAGAUUAGUUUCUUUUCUAAUGGAUCAUCAUCAACAUAUUUUUGAAGUCCCAACUUAUUUACAAGUUACAGUGCAAGACCAUAUAGAGUCUUUAAAAACUACUCAGAAGGCUUGUCUUGGGGAAGAUCUGAUUGCUGUAUUUCCUACUUACUCCUACUGCAAAAGGAUAACUACCCGGGAGUUUGAUGAACAAAAAGUUUAUACCUCUCAGGCUGCAGUUGCAGAGCUCUUGGAAAGCAUCAUUAAGGACAGAAAUUUAUCUCUUAAAGAUAAGAAGAAAAAGCUCAAACAGUUUCAGAAACAAUACCCAGAGAUCUAUAAGAGGAGAUUUCCAACCACAGAAAGUGAAGCCAUGUUGUUUGAAGACAAGCCCACAAUUAAGCAGCCAAUGUUCGUUCUGCAAAAGCCAAAGUUCUGUAGUUUAAGACAUUGA